AUUUUGCGGCUCUCAAAAGGAACUCGUGUUUGUAAUUACAUUGAAAAACUUGUAAAAACUUUUGUAAUAAUACAUAGAGAGCAACAAUACGCCAUAAUAAUAUCUGCACUCUUCAUAUUUAUUUGUAUUAAAUAUGGACGUACUUACCAGACCUGCAGAAGAAUUUGGUAACGAUGAGACCUUGGAGCAUUUAUGGGCAGCUAGGGCAAUGGAGCACAGUGAUAUUUACUUUAAUGUUUUGUGUUCAGUGGACACAAGGUGGCUAAAGCUAACUCCACAUGACGAUCUUAUAUACACACACUUCAGACAAGAUUUUCCAGAUUUGGAUGUAUCAUACAUCAAAGAAGAUGAAAUAAAAAAUAACAUGAAUAAAGCGAAAUGGCGAGCUUACUGCGAAAAAUUUAAAAAUAUUGUUGAAGAUUACAGUUUUGGCACAUUAAUGAGGGCAGAUACUAAAGGUGAUUAUUCAGAAUCAAAUACAAUACUGGUUCCUCGGGUUCAGUUCUACGCUAUAGAGAUAGCAAGGAACCGUGAGGGGCUAAACAAUGAAGUUAAGAAACGAUACAAAUGUGCAUCUAAAGCAAAUAUGGAGGAACAAAAUCAUCAAACUGAAAUAAUGGCAUAAACUAUCAAAAUGAUUUACACUUAUAUUAUAAGUAUACUGUGUUAAAAAUACAGUCUUGCCAUUGUCAAGCAAUAGAACUAUAAUAAUUAUAAUCAUCUGUAUUUUAUCUUAAUACUUUAAACAUUUUUACACUAUAUCAAAAAAUACUUUAUUACAAGCAAUUUCAAAUUGUACUUUUUACUACUAUAAGCCUGCCAGUACACAUCAUAUAAAUAAAAAUAAAUAUUCUUAGAUCUAGUAUCCAUGUAUGUAUAUGAUAAUUUCUUACAUAAGACUGUACAUAUAUUUUAGUCUUGAAAUUAUUGAUAACAGUGGUAUAAGAAUAA